AUGCUCAGCAGCGCAUCCUACGUCUGCGAUCCACGCCCGGACUAUCCUCUUGUCAUCACAGCCAAGCGCUACUGGAUCUCCGAGCUCUCGUCGGAUGACCCAAGCGCACUCACUCUCGUACUUGCCCAUGGUACAGGCUAUCACAAGGAACAGUGGGAGCCGACUAUUGAGUGCCUAUAUGAGUACAUAGGCAACGAUGCGUCGCAGACAGUCAAAGUCAAGGACGUCUGGAGUAUUGACGCCCCGAACCAUGGCGAUGCCGCUGUGCUGAAUGAAGCGACGUUGAGAUGGGGAUACGACAUAUUCGACUGGGCCGAGUAUUCGCGAGCAAUACACAUAUUCCUCGCGGGUCUAGGUACAGGUGUAGACGUGGACUUCAGCAAACGGAACCUCGUUGGCAUCGGUCACUCGAUGGGUGCAGUUGCACACAUCCUCUGCAAUACGUUCUACCCUAAAAUGCCGUUCAAGUCAUUUAUUCUUGUCGAGCCGAUGUGCUUCCCGCAAGAACCAGCUGGGAUGACAAGAGAUUUCGGUGUGUUCCUCACUAAUAGCGCGCUCAAGCGCCGCGACAUCUUCCCGUCCCGCGAGGAUGCGCUCGCCUGGCUGAAGUCUCGCGCUGGUUUCAAAGUCUGGGACGAGCGUGUAUUACAAGCUUUCGUUGAUCAUGGAAUGCGGGAUCUGCCCACGGCGGAGUACCCGGACAAAAAGGACGGUGUCACCCUCAAGUGCACGCGUGCCAUGGAAGCGGCAUGCUAUGUUCAGCAUACCAAUACCGGUCGGGUUCGUGGUUACAACUAUCUACCAUACCUCUGCUCGACAUAUCCCGUGCACUUUUUGUAUGGCGCCGUGGACGACUACAUACCUGCGGCAGUGAAGGAGCACACAUUGUCAUAUGGCACGCAAGGAAAGCAUGCAUCUGUAAAACAAGUUCCAAAUGCUGGACAUGUAGUUGUACAAACACACCCUUGUGAGCUGGCAAGUGCAAUUUGGGCAACCCUGAGUAGUGAUCCUGUACCUCAAUGGGAGAAGUGCAAACUUUAG